CAGGGGCGGACUGACAACUCAUGGGGCCCCCAGGCAAUAGGGGAUCAUGGGGCCCCUGUGUCCUUGCCCAAACUCAAAAAAGCCUAUGAAAAAGGUACCAGGGGCAUCUCAUGGGGCCCCCUACUGACCCCGGGCCCUCGGGCAGUGCCCAAGUUUCCAAAUGGUCAGUCCACCCCUGGGCUCAUGUUAUCCAUACAGUAUAUGGAUUGAGUGACUGCUGGGACUGUCAUGUUGACCUUAACCCUGGUCCUGUUUUGUAAUAUCCAUGUAGUGUUAAGUAGCACUUUAAAUUCCUGCAGAAUACUUCUCUUAUUUUUCAUCAGUUUAUCU